AUGCCACCCGUAAUCGAAAGCACACACGAGGAUCUCAGCAGUGAUGAAGAAGACGCGGAGGAGAACUUUCGAGCCAAACAACUCUUUUCAUUUGCUUGGCAAAUUGCUAAAGGAAUGGUAAUUACUAUAUGAUUAUUUUCUGAGAAACGUUGCUUCCAUUCAGGUUUUGUUUUCAGAUAUCCUUCAAAGAUCGUUAUCAAAGACUAUUCCACAAGCAAGAAAUAAAGGAGAAAUAAGUUAAUUUUCUAGAUGAUUAAUGGUUUUUAGAGGAGAAUUUGUCAUAGUCGAUCGAACCAAAUUCGGCAUGUUUUGUCUGAACUUGAAUCAGCCGUUUAGAUCAGUUCAGUCGUGAUAUUUUACUUUUGAUUACUGGCUCCUAUAAUUUUCACGCCUUCACCCAUGCCUUUUUAGGCAAUAGUAGCUCCGUAACUGAAGUUUUAUAUGGUACUUAUUUUCAUUUUUUCUCUUUCCUUCUUAAAAUUAGAAUCAUCUCGCCGAAAACAAUCUUGUUCACAGAGACCUUGCUGCCCGUAAUGUUCUUGUUGGCCAUGACAACCAAAUCAAAGUGUCAGACUUUGGGUUGAUGAGACAAAUCUAUGAAGAUGUGAGAAGCUUAGCGAAGUCCAAAAAACUUCCUGUAAAAUGGAUGGCCCCCGAAGCACUUUAUCAAGGCCUUUACACCACCAAAAGUGAUGUGUGAGUAUAAAAAAAUCCCACUCUUUUAAACACAUUUCGAUAAAUUCUGCUCAGAAAACCUUAGUCAGCUUCCCUAAAAGUCGUGAUCAGCGUGUUUAUUUCAAACCGAUCUAGGAAUUUCAGUGGUUAUAGUGGCUGAUUUCGUACUUGUCAAUAUAAUUUCGACUCGGGACUACAUAGUUUGCAUAUAAGUCCUGAGCGAGAGCGGCGUCUGCUGAAUUCUUAAUUCGGAGUGUAUGUAAAGAUCAUUUAGUUACGAUUAUGCGGCAGACCCGUCACCUAAAUUGGUAUUCUUUUCCGAUCCCUACUCUAUUAACCUUGCUAGGCCAUUGCCUAAGGGCUUUGAGCAGCUGAGGCCUGGUGUCAUAGGGUUCAGUCAAGGGCGAAGGCAUGGAAAGGUGGAGAUGCGCCCUUUUGCCUUAAGUUCACCAAGUAAAAAGAAGAGAGGAAAAGUAAUGUUAAUGCAGUGGGAAUAUUCACGACCUCUGUGCUUUUCUCUAUAGUUGGUCUUUUGGUGUUGUUCUUUGGGAGAUGGCUACAUUGGGUGAGUAGACCGUCACACACUAAUCAUGUAAACUUCCAAGGGGAGGGGAAUCCCAAGAACUCUCCUCCCUGUUGCCACGGGGCAUAUGACUUGAAUUGUGCCACUGAUAUCAAAGGACGACACUGGGACUUAAAGAGUGAGUCCUUAUUAAAUAAGGUUAUUGUUACCAGAAAACAGGCUGAUACCUGAUGACUUUUAUUUGUGGCAAUCUAGGCACUUUUGUUUUGAACUAGGCUCUAUGUCUGAUAAGUGAUAAUCGGCAUCAAAUAUGCACGCAUUAGUUGUUUUCCGGAAAGAGGAGCCUUAUUACUAAACACCCUGUUUUCUUUGGAGACACAUUUCCAUGCAAUUCUGACCCCUGCUCAAUCACUAUUUUAUUGCAAGACGCCAUUAUUGAGUACGGGGGAAUGAAGAGUCGUCGACAUUGACAUUUACAGGAGAAAGCUAUGCAGGGGAAUGAGCCGUAUUUUCAAAUAAUAACAUGUAUAUUUUUUCUUUCGCAUAACGUGAUCAGGAGGCGUACCAUACCCCACGCUGACCAACUCAGAGUUGUAUCGACUGCUUGGCACUGGUUAUCGCAUGGAAAGGCCUGACAUGUGCUCCGAUGAUGUGUAGGUUAAUUUCUUGAUCAGAAUCGUCUUAGAACUGACAAAAAGAUUUGAUUUUUCCGUGCGUCUUUUUAGUUAUAAAUAGCCUUGAAAGUUGUAGAGGACAAGUCGGUUUCGAUUUUGACGUUUUCUUUGAUCAAAGUGAUUACGGAACAGACAGACGGCAAAAUCUUAGCUUAAAUAUUUGUUUCAUACAGUAAUAUGAUAGUGUUAUUUAACAGAGAUCGACAGAGCAAGAAUUAGCCUGCGAGCAAGCUCUCCAUUUGGGCGAGGAAAACGAACCGCGCGAGUACGCGCGAGCGGGGGACCCCUCGAUGUCGCGUUUCCUCUCGCGUGUCGCACGUGCGUGUAGUUGAAGAGAUCUCCCAAAUGGAGAGCUUGCUUGCAGGCUUGGCAAGAAACCGACAAGCCUAAUGAUACGGCGUGAAUGGCUCCCAGCUGGUCUAAAGGAAACCUCUUCCACUAAAUCGGAAAAACGGUGUCUAUACAUGUAAUAAUGGAUUGGAACUUUGACUAACUUCAAUUGGUUUGUUUUUUUUUUGUUUGUUUUUUUUUUUUGUCCAUAACAGAUAUGAGCUGAUGGCUGACUGCUGGAAAGAGGAACCUCGCUCUCGUCCCAGUUUCUAUCAACUGAUCGAAAAACUGGAGGUGAUAAUGGAGAGGGAUGCACCAUACUUGCAUCUAAACGAACACAAUGAAGAUCGUCCAUAUUACAACGUGCCACUUGAAGCUAGUGGUGAUUAA